AUGGAGAAAUAAAAAAGGAAGAAGCAUGGAGCACACAAUGAAUCCAAGAGUCUGUGGAAUUACACCCUAUCUCCAGGUUGGUCCUAAGAAGAAGUCAAGAUACUCAAGCUUGCAUUACAGAAAUUCGGAAUUGGCAAAUGGAGAAGCAUCAUUUAAUCAGAAUGUUUGCCAGAUAAAUCUAUUGGAUAAAUAUACAUUUAAACAUAGAGAAUGCUUGGAUAAUAAUCAUUAGGAGAUUUUAUGGGAUUGUAGAUUGAUUUAGAAAAGGUUUGGAUAGACAACAAUCAAAAAAAGGGAGUAAUGAGAAAAAAUGGAUGUGUUAUUAAUACAGGUGAUAAUCCUAAUAAAGAAGAGAGGAAACAAAGAAUAGAAGAAAAUAGAUAGAAGUACUCCAUAUCUUAAGAGGAAAUUAAUAAAAUCAAGUUGCCUCGCUUCAAGAAUGAUUGUGUUGCUAAAUAUUUCACAAUAUAAGAAAUUGAAAAUGAUUAAUUCACAACUAUUGAAAAAUUAUAACAUUUUGUAAACCUGGAAGUAGAAAUAGAAAAGAAACUAAAGAAAAUUUUAUUUAUCAAAUCUAAUGCAAAUGGCAAUGGUAAUGGCAAUCAUAUUGCGAAUAAUCACUUAGAUGAAUAAAAAUGA